AUGAAUGGUCAAACACUCACUCGCACUUCGUUGAGGCUCUUCCGCUUGAAACCGAAGCCACGAAAACCAGUGCAAGCUCCGUUUUUCAUCUCAGCCAUCCAACGACAGCAUUUUCAACCCUUUUCCGCCGCCGAAUAUUCGGAACCGAAUGUUUCGCCUCAUGAUAAAAUCUUCAUUGCUAUGUCUUCUGGGGUUGAUUCCUCUGUGGCAGCUGCGCUCCUAUUACGCUCAGGACAUCCACGGGAAAACCUGUUACCGUUCUACAUGGCGAAUUGGUCUCCCUCCGCCAAUCCAGACCCUAUCCCGCCGCCGCCAUCGCUGCCCGGUAGAGCUCGGCGAAAUCGCGCCUCGACUCGACCACAAUCUAACGAAGGAUCCUUAAAAUGCACAGAGAGGGAAUUUAACGACGUAAAGGAUGUCUGCAGAGCUCUGGAUUUGCCUGAGCCCAUAUGUAUGAACUUUGAAAAGGAGUACUGGUGCGAAGUUUUCGUUCCCAUGCUCGAGAUGUACCGGUGCGGAAAGACCCCAAAUCCGGACGUUGAGUGUAAUCGCCACAUCAAAUUCGGCGCUGUUAUCAAGAGGUUGAGAGAUGAAUUCCGCAGGCGGUGGGAAGGGGUGACGGAAAAGGGGAGCAAGUGGUGGUUGGCAACUGGCCACUACGCUCAUAUCCUAUAUCAUAUCCCUACCAAAUCCUACCACUUGCUCCGUUCCAUCGAUAUAAACAAGGAUCAAACCUUUUAUCUAUCGACAUUACAUCGGGACGUUCUUUCUCGACUUCUAUUUCCUUUAGGUUCUUACGGACUUUCCAAGCCAGGUGUUAAAUCUCUUGCUCGCGAACUUUUACUACCGGGGUGGCGUCCCGGACAAACCGAACGCCCGGAAAGCAUGGGGCUUUGUUUUGUGGAGCCUGCGGGUGGGAAAGGGAAAACCGGGUUUCGCCGCUUCUUAUCGGGAUAUCUUGAGCCGGAACCGGGCGAUGUGGUAAUUGGACCAUCAAAGAAAUACCCUGGAGGGGGCGAGUCUGAGGGGGCAUGCGCGCCAGAAGGUUCAGUUGUGGGGAAGCAUGCGGGCCUCUGGCAUGCGACUAUAGGAGAAAGGGCCCGGUUCCAAUUACCACAAGCGAGCCCAGAAUAUCGGGGCAAGUGGUACGUUUCUAGGAAGAAUAGAGAACUUAAUACUUUGGAGAUCGUGAGAGGCCAGGACAACGCUAGGUUAUAUGGGAAAGGGAUGGUUGUUGAGAAAUGGAGAUGGCUAGGCGAUGAUGCUGCAGAUAUAGUUCGAGAACGAUCAGCUUCCAAUGGGAGAGGUUUGGUAACUCAAUUCAGACACAGACAGAUCCCCUUGAAGGUUUCUAGCGUGGAGCAGCCUGGGGGACCUGGGUAUCGACCGUGUUCCGAAGGGAAUGAACCCGCCCCCGCGCUGAAGAUUAUAUUCGACAGUCCAGCGAUGGCUAUCGCUCCUGGACAAAGUGCAGCAUUAUGGUUCAGGGACAGGUGUCUAGGGGGAGGUGUCAUCAGAGACGCUAUAGAAUUGGAUUAGUGCAGUUCACCUUAUGCCCCAUAAUCAAACACCAAACCAAAGACCUUGGCAGAUAAACGUCUAUUCCAGAAUAUUGUGGCAACUUUCAGCCUGUAGCUCUACUUUGAAAGUUUCAACUCCUAUGAUAUUUCCCUUCGCUUGUCCAACAACCUCUAAGCUAGGAACCUCAAGACCCGUAUUUGUGCAACUAUUCGAGUAUUCUUUAUUGAUUAAUUGGGGAAACAGCAGGCUUCUGUGGGCCUCGUGGAUUGAGUGAUUUGCUGUUGACAAGGUGCUAGCCAUAUCGGCCCAACGUGGGCAACUCCGAUGGGCAGCUUUUCAGAGCCGCUGCUGUCGAACUGCUUUCGACCGUUAUCUUAGGCUUUUAGUGGAGCCCAAAUUCCGCUUUAAUUUUGAGGCCCUUGCAACUUUUCACCGAGGUUAUUAUUAACAAUGGAGGGCUUCAGCCCGUUACCCACAGUGAAGUACGGUACCGCAUCCCCAUUAUCAUCAACUUUGAUUGUAUCGGUAACUUGAAGAGGAAAGAUAGUGAGCGCUCUCCACAAGGGAACAUGUCCGAAGGCUCCUCCACCCAAUUUUCAGUUCAGCCACAACGGCGUUUCACUCAAACCAUCCUAAGCUUCGUUUGGCAUUCGUUAUCACCGCUUCCACAUUCACCGGCGUUUGCUAGUUCUGAAUACUUUCAAACGCCACGUAUAUCCCACGUUUUGGGAAUGGAGCAAGUUUUCACAUGGCUUUAUGGGCGCUGAGAUUAUCCGUUUCUCGGCACCUUGCUUUCCCUCGAAUCCGAAGCCCUAAUGCUGUUUUUGGUAGAGUCUAGGACAGGUGCUAUGUUUCAUUAUGUAGCGUGUGUGUGGACAAUUUGACCCAAACUGGUCUUUUAAUCCCUGUGUGCCUUAUCACCAGGUGCCCGACACAAUUGGCUUCCAUGGCGUUGUUGUUACUAUUGCCCAUAUUUGGACAACGUGCGUCUCACUGCGAAUACGCUAUCAGGCAACGAACUCUCAAUAUUGUACCCGAUACCAAGGAAUUCAUCAGGAAACCGAGCAAAAUUCCCAUCCGCGAGUGUUGCUUUUGUUGGCUCACACGCCAUUUCUUGAUAUUCGAGGGGCUGGUAGGUUGCAUUCAAAUUUGCCGACGCGAAUGCAAAUACUUGGGCAUUAGACUAUCUGUUGUAUGGUAUGGAAAUCUCUUCGUGGGGCUGCUGGGCCGAACCGACCACCAUUCCGCUGAGCGGUCGGAGACUUCGGGGCGCGAUAACCUGCCGGACCCCUAGUACUCAAAUUCCUUUGGCCUGGGUGGGCGUCAUCCACGUUUUCAAUGAUGGAUCGCCUAUCAUGCUGGUCGUGAACUUGGUACUAGUACUGUACAAUAGUACUAAGUACUCUAACAGCAAAUGCUGGGCAUGACCGGCCAUAAGCACAACCGGAUGCUGUAUUCUACCGGGGGACAACUGGCCCCGCACUCUGCCCUUUUCGACAAAAAAACCUGCAUCUGUAUCCUGCUCCACGAAGUCGAUACCAAAAAGGUCAAAAAAGUUUAAUCUUCGCGCCGUUCUGCAAACCGUUUAGAGGUGUUACUCCGAAGAUUCCUAGCCUCUCCGCAUGAGAUCGGGCAUGACAUACCCGUUUAGGAUACAAACAUAAUGCUAUUAUUCAGGCAAAUCUCGGGGAAACAUUUUACCUUUCUUUGAUUAUGUUAUUAAAAAGGGUUACGAGGCAUUUAAAAAUGGGUAACAUGAGUUUUGUAGUCUGAAUGUGCGAGACAUUCUCGGGUCUUUUUACCGAUCCAAGGAGGAUGUGUGGGCAACAGAUCAAUACUCGAGUAUGGCAAUACUUUGCCUGGAGGUUUCGCUUAGGCAAACGGAAUGCAGAACCGUUGGUUUCGGUUUCCGGAAUUUUGAAGUUAGGCUAGGGUAUGCAGAGAUGACCGGUCGUGGAUUUGGAAUGUAGGCCAUUCAUUCGCGAGCCUCCUACUUUUGGUGAUGUCGGGGCUCGAACCAGUGGUUGGGUAGCUACGAGGGUUUGAUACCUCUACAAGGCAUGGACUUUAAUACUUGUCAGUGCAUGUGAUCUUUCGCUGACAUCUGGGAUGGCUGGUUGAUCGGGGUUGCACUCAGGAGAUAUCUGAUUUUCUUACCAGGUUUAUCGUGAGCGGACCGAAUAGACAGGAAACCAGGGAAGUAAAGAGGCUGGUGAUACUGCAGGUCAAAUGCAAGGAUAAGAAGCAUCAUUUCCUUUGGGUUCUCUCUUCGAAUAGUCACCCUUUUUAUAUUCCCUUAUUUCAUACCAGAAUUUGGAAACAUCUCUUGGGAUUGGGGUAUUUGGAUUCCCUUCGUUUCCGAAAGUUGUUAAGAGGAGUGCUUGUUACCUACUGACAUCUCUGUCUCAACCUCAAAACUGUACUUUGUCAAUAACUUGCAACUGG